UCAUGGGACAGGGCUGUGAUCGCUGUUUGAAAACAAUAGGCCUCCUAGUUGUACGGAGGUUUUGCGGGCGAACAUCGUGGUGAUACGAUUGCGUAGCAUUAUGAAAGAAGCUAAUUUCCAAUUCUGUAGACCUUAGCACCUGCUCCACGAUACAAACUACUAGCUUUAACCAAACAGCAGCACAAGUCUCGACAUUCGCUUCCUGACACGGUUGCUCUCUUGGGCCUGUGUAUGAAAUAUUCACGGUAUCCGGGAAAUGUAUGCUGGCAUGUAUAGAGUCCUUUAGUGUAUUGUACAUAAGGUAUUCUUGCUAAGAAACAAUCUGAAAGUAACCCACUAUGCAUGAAGCAUAUGAAUGUAUACCAAUUUUGGAAAAGCUUCCUCUGCAAAUUGAAUCAAUAGCUACAUUUGAUGACAAGGUGGCUGUUGGUACAAGGCAAGGCCAUUUGCUUCUGUAUGCUGUGAAGCCAAGCUCCAAGCCAUGCAGAUGUGAUGUUCAGCUACUCAGGUCUAACAAGAACUUUUCCAAGAAAGCUGUUGUGCAAGUUGAUGUGCUCCAGGAGUACCAAACCCUCAUCUGCCUAUCUGAUAACCUAGUGACAGCUCAUGAUCUGGGAUCGUUCAACUUCAACCUGUUUACUUCCAUACCCAGAACAAAAGGCGCCUCUAUGUUCAAGGUCGACAUUCAGCGUCAGACCAGUCUGACCGGUGACCAGUCGCUGGCGGUGCGGCUGUGCGUGGCCGUCAAGCGGAAGCUGCAGCUGUACUACUGGAAGAACCGCGAGUUCCACGAGCUGAUGUCGGACCUGGCCGUGCCGGACGUGCCGCGCUCGCUCGCCUGGAACCGUAACGCCAUCUGUGUCGGCCUGCGUACCGACUACUUCUUGCUGAAGCUGUCCGGCGAGGAGCGCGAGCUGUUCCCCACGGGCAAGUCUGGCGAGCCGAACAUCGUCCACCUGGGCGGCGAGCGGCUGGCGUUAUUGCGCGACCAACAGACCAUCUUCAUCGACGGCGACGGCAUGCCCACGCAGAAGCUGGCCGUCACGUGGUCGCAGGUGCCGCACGCCCUCCUGUACGACGCGCCGUACCUGAUCGCGCUCUGCGCCUCGCACGUGGAGGUGCGCUCCAUCGAGCCCCGGCUGCACAUUCAGACGAUCCCGUGGCCGGCGCCGCGCUUCGUCACGCGGAACGCGGCCGGGCAGAUUAUCGUGGCAUCGUCGUCGCACCUCUGGCUGCUGAAGGCUGUGGCCGUGGACGUCCAGGUCAACAGCCUGGUGCAGGAGAAGCAGUUCCAGCUGGCGCUGGAGCUUGCGAAUCUAGCGGAUGGUCCGGAAGAGGAGAAGACCAAGCAGAUUCAGCACAUCCAAAACCUGCAUGCGUUCGAUCUCUUCACCAAGAAACAGUUCAAAGAUGCUAUGACGAUAUUCCUAGACCUGAACACCGACCCGUCGCACGUGAUCGGCCUGUUCCCGGACCUGCUGCCGCAGCAGUACUGGAACCAGCUGGAGUACCCGGACAGCCUGCCGGACCUGCAAGGCCGCGACAUGGAGAACGGCCUGCUGGCGCUGGCGGACUACCUCACGCAGGUGCGGCACAACCUGCUGAAGGACAGUAGCAGCAACACCGUCUGCAACAUGGCGAUCGUGGAGGGCAGCGGCACGGUGCGCUCCCGCUCGCAGCUGCUGCAGAUCGUGGACACGACGCUGCUCAAGUGCUACCUGCAGACAAACUCGGCCCUGGUGGCGUCGCUGCUCCGCCUCAAGGACAACCACUGCCACCUGGAAGAGACGGAGCACGCCCUGAAGAAGGACCACAAGUUCGCCGAGCUCAUCAUCCUGUACCAGACGCGCCAGUUCCACCGCAAGGCGCUGGAGAUGCUGCUCCGGCAGAGUGGCCGCGCCGACUCCAGUCUGUACGGCUUCGACCGGAUCAUACACUACCUGCAGCACCUGGGUCCGGACCACAUGGAUCUGGUGGAGGAGUUCGCGCGGCCGGUCCUGCAGGAGAGCGCCGAGGAGGGCCUGCUCAUCUUUACCGACGACCUGCAGGAGGUGGAGGCGCUGCCGCGGCCGCGUGUCUGCGAGUACCUCCGGCGCACUGCGCCGCAGCUGCUGCCCCAGUACCUGGAGCACGUGAUCGACGUGUGGCACGAGACGCACCCAAUGUUCCACAACGAACUGCUGUACCGGUACCGGGCGCUGGCGCAGGAGGCAGAGGGCGCCGCCGCCGCCGAGCACCGCCGCAAGCUGGUGACGCUGCUGCGCCGUUCGCAGCACUACAUCCCCGAGCAGAUCCUGGUGCACUUCCCGCACGACGCGUUCUUCGAGGAGCGCGCCAUCUUGCUGGGCCGGCUAGGUCGGCACGAGCAGGCGCUCACCAUCUACGUGCACAUCCUGCGGGAGCCGGAAAAGGCGCUCGAGUACUGCCGCGAACACUACAACCCGGACCGGCCGGCCGACGCCAAGGUGUACCUGUCGCUGCUGGUGCAGCUGGCCACUGAGGUGAGCCCGCUGCCGCCCGACCUGCCGGCCGCGCUCCGGCUGCUGGAGCAGCACGGCGACAAGAUGGACCCUGUCCAGGCGCUGGCGCUGCUGCCGGGUCCGCUGCGCGUCAGUCGGCUGGCUCGCUUCCUGUGCUCGACAUUGGCGCAGCGACAGACGGUGCGGCGGCGCGGCCAGCUGUCGCGCGCGCUGCAGCAGCGCGAGAGCCUGCUGGCGCGCGAGGCCCGGCUGCGCCACCAGCGCCAGAGGGUGGUGCUGCUCGACGGCCAGACCUGUCCUGUCUGCGGCAAGCGGUUCGCCGCGCAGAGCGUGUUCGCCCGGCUGCCGAACGGCGACGUGGUGCACUACGCCUGUCGUCAGACCGACCAGCAGCUGCCGGGGGCGUGAGCGGCGACGGCCUCCCGUGCUCCUGCGGCUCCUCCCGUGCUCUCGGCUCUCAUAGUCCCGAGGCGAGCUGUGCGAGGAGUGUCCGUGUGUGGCCGGUCGGCUGCGCAUUCUGAUGGCGUUUUCUCGGCCCGCGGACGUGCAGCCCGGGUGAGCGGCAUCGGACCUGCGUCCAGUCGGCCGGCGGACCUAGUCCCUGUGGGGCCGCCGACCCCUGAGCCGAGUCGUCCAGCUGGACCCGUGCGCCGCCGCCGCUGCCGUGCUGGCGCGCACCGGGUGAUGUGCCAUAGCUAGUCGGUCGGCCGGGCCACCGCGCCGCCCGCUCAGCGUCGAGGAGCAUUGCGAGGCUGCCCGCUCGGGCGUGGCGCCGAGGGCAGCGUGUCGUUCCCUAAUGCUCUGUUCAUUUCAGCUGUGCAUCGGGGGCCAGCGGCGCCCGACGGUUCGGUGUUUAAGUGCCUCCUGGUUCUUCCAGGACCAGUCAAGCCGCAGGCGGCGCAUGGCACGACAGCUCGCGCCUCUUUUUGCUGGCACUCAUGCGGGCAGCGUCAAUUCCUGCCGCGAUAUUCAUGCCGUUAUGUUCGUGUUUGUGUAUCUUGGGUCCGAGUGUUGUCAGCGAGCAGUGUGUGUACUCUAGCCUGCCGGGGGCAGUGUUCGGACGUUAUCGGACAUGGCGAGCCGGGCCACGUUCCGCACCUCGUCUGAGUAGUCAGCGUUUAAAGCCCCCACGGAGCAGUACAACACAUCGCCGGUCGGUGUCAGGCAUAUAUUCAAUGUGUCAAUGUAGCUUGAUUUGAAACUCCUGCCUUCUCAUUAAGUACGGAUGUAACAGAGCCAUAUAUUUGGUAAUAAAAAAUGC